AUGUAAAUUGUUAACGACGAAUACUUUAUUCCAAAUCUACUUCAAGGAAUUGAUAUAAGAAACCAUGUAAUUAAUUCAAUUUAUUCAGGAAAUCUCAACCCUAUCAUAAACAUUAGAUAGAUUACAUUUUAUUAAAGGAUUACAUGAAGAAGAUAAUCUAAGAUUAAGAGCUAUUAUAACUGAUAUGUAAUACAAUUUUGAAGCUGUCAUUGCAUAAAAGUAUGAUUUUUCAUACCAUUAUAAGAAAUAUUGAAAUCUCUAGGCUAAGUGGAAGAGUGAAAUAUUUAGAAUAAGAACUUUAUUAAUUAAAUAGAUUGUCUCAAAAUCAACAUUAAAUUUCUAAUAAAGAUGAAAACAAUCCAUCUAAAUUUAAAGAAUUAGAAAGAUCCAUGAAAUUAAAGGAUUAAUAAAUUUAAGAUAUUGCUAAUGAACUUUAAUAACUAAAGUCAUAAAUUGCAAAUAAAAAUUAAGAAACUGUGUAAGAAACAAAAAAAGGGUAAAAUGAAUAAAAGGAUAUGAAUUUUCCCUUUUUAAUUGAAAAUGAUAAUUUAAAAAAAACAAAUUCAGAAUUAAAUCGUUAAGUAAAAAUAAUGAAUGAUGAAAUUAACAAAUUAAAAUCUGAAUUAAAUGAAGCAAAUGCUGAAUUAGCAAGAAGAGAACGAAAAUUAAGAGAAUAUCUAUUGAUAGAUAAAAUGCGUUCAGAAAAGAAUGAAGAAAUGAAAUAAAAUUUAUAACCUGUUUAUGUUAAAAUAUCUGAAGAUAAAAAUUUAUUAGAUGGAAUCUUGGCAUUAAUGCAUUAUAUGAGAGAAUCUGUAACAGAUAUUAUCUUUGAAAUAUUUGUUCGAUCAGCAAACCAAGCUUUUAAUAGAAAGCAAAGUUCUGCUAUUUUAUUUUCUAUAAAUACAAAAGAAUUAAAAAAUAGAAAUGUGCGAGGAUUUUUAAUUGUAUUAUAUUUAUACAGAAAGUAAUUAAUAUAAUUAAAUAUUAGAAUGAAGAAAUUCAUUAAAAUAUAUUUUCCUUAUUAUGGGAAACUAAUUUUAAAUGAUCAUAUGGCAAGAAUAGCACUUGGAGAAGAUGAAUAUCAUUUAUCUGAAAGAAGAGAUGGCACUAAUUUAUGGUUAGAGGAAUGUUUAGCUAAAUUAUCAAUUCAAAAACGAAAAAGUGAUAAGAAUAAUGAAGAUGAUUCUGAAUAUCAACAUUUAUUCAGACUUCUUUCAUUAAGAUAUAGAUGUAAAUAUCCUAUGAAAGGAAAUGAAGAGAUGAGAGUUGAUUUAGAUAUAAGAGUAAGAUUAGAAAACAAAAUAUGCUCUUCACUAUUAAAAAUAUUUAUUGAUUGA